UCCAAGAGCCCAGAGCAAGGAGCUGCUAAUCUCCCAUCUCCAAGGGGCCCUGGCCUGCUGAGAGACAUGAUUUAAAGUGCCACCGCAAACCCAAAAUGGGCCUCGUCCCAGGCUCUAACUGCUGUCUUUGGGAAGCAAACAGAUUCUACAGGCACCGUCUGAGCCAGGAGCUGCAGGUAAUUGAGAGCGAAGGCAGGAAAGUAGCUGUAAAUGCCUUUUCCUUCCCCUUACCCCACUGCUGAUCCCUGUGUGCCUGAGCCCCAGAUCCGCUCGCUGCACAGACCCACAGCAGCUGUUACUGGCCUAGCCUGGGCAGAGGGAUCACACUGGAAAGGUAACAGCGAUCAACCUCCCAGCUGGAGGGCGAGUGGCACUGGGAAAGGAGAGAGGAGACUGACAGGGGCAGAAGGAGAAAGAAGGGCUGAGAUAUGAGCUCCCAGAUCUAGCAACUGCAUCAUCACUGGGCCAGUUUGCUUUCCUUAUAACCAGCGGGGAAACAAAAAUCAACGCCAGUUCCCUUCCUCUUCAUAGCAAACGCGCUUGUGAGGGAAUAUGCUGCCCCAGGGAACAAUGUCACCAGAGGGGCUCGUUUUAUUCUGUCGUUGUACGGCGCUUUGGGCAUGGAAGCUCGGCAGGCGAAGCCCCGCAUCUGGCAGGACCAGGAGGGGAGCAGGGAGAGCCCCACCUGCACACACACCAUGUGAUGCUGCAGCUGGCUGCUCCAGAUCUGCAAGCAGCAAGAGCCAACAGCCAGACCCAGCCCCAUGGGACAGAAGCUGCCUCUGCAGGGACUGCCUGUUCCGAGACCUGCUGUGAUCCCAGACAGAACAAGGAGAAGAGCUGCAGGUCCGAUAUGCAAGGCCGUGAGGCGAUCGUGAGCAGUGCCCACGCAGCAGGUGAUGGGAUGCCGAGAAAGAAUGAGGAGCAGAAGCCCCUGCAUGAAGCCCCUGAGGUGGUGGAGCCUCCCGUGACUUUACCCACGAGAUCCCAGAGCCCCGAGUGGGGAGGAGCCCGUGAGACUCGGUGCGGAUCAGAAAAGCGGCGGAGGAACCCGCUGGCGCAGAGCCGGGGUAAAUCUGCUCAGGUGAGCGAUGGCCUCACCCACCAGGAGAGACCGAAUACGUGCACGGACUGCGGGAAGAGCUUCAACAAGAGCUCGUCUCUGAUUAUCCAUCAGAGAACCCACACAGGGGAGCGGCCCUAUGCCUGCCCCGAGUGCGGGAAACGCUUCACCCAGAGCUCCACCUUCCUGCGGCACCAGCGGAUCCACACUGGCGAGCGGCCCUACGACUGUGCCGAGUGCGGAAAGAGCUUCCGGGUGAGCUCCCACCUGGUCCGGCACCAGCGGAUCCACACGGGGGAGCGGCCUUACGUGUGCACUGAAUGCGGGCGGAGCUUCAGCGUCAGCUCCCACCUGGUGCAGCACCAGCGGACGCACACGGGCGAGCGGCCCUACCGCUGCGCCUGCGGGAAGAGCUUCAGCCUGAGCUCCCACCUCAUGCAGCACUGGACCAUCCACACGGGCGAGCGGCCCUACCAGUGCGCCCAAUGUGGGCGGAGCUUCUCCAUGAGCUCCGCCCUCAUCAGGCACCAGAGACUCCAUGCGGCGGACGCGCCCCGCCAGUGCGCCCAGUGCGGGAAAAGCUUCAGCCGCGGCUCGGAGCUGAGCGACCACCAGAAGAUCCACACCGGGGAGCGGCAGCACGAGUGCGCCCAGUGCGGGAGGAGCUUCGGCGCAAGGUCCAAUCUCCUCCAGCAUCAGCGGACCCACGCGGGCGAGAGGCCCUACACCUGUGCCCACUGUGGGCGGAGCUUCAGCCGGAGCUCAAACCUUAUUACACACCAGAGAAUCCACACAGGCUGAGAGCCUGGCCCAUGUGACAACCAUGGGCCGACAGUUACAGGCCACAUCCCAACCAAGACACGGUCAUCUCCUCCUUUGGGGGCAUGUGGAGCUCUUUCCCACUCAUGUGCUGCUCUUGGGAUGCGGUGGGGUGAGAAGACAAUGAGGAGAUGUUGUGGGAAGGGAUUGUUUGGGAUGCAAGGUGAUGGGAACCAGGAAAGGAGGCAGAAGUGGGUGUUGUUGGUGAGUCAUGAUGGGUCACUUGCUGGAGGAUUCUCUGCAGCUCGAGGUCUUCAAACCACGAUUUGAGGACUUCAGUAACUCAGACAUAAGUUAGGGGUUUGUUCCAGGAGUGGGUGGGUGAGAUUCUGUGGCCUGCUUUGUGCAGGAGGUCAGACUAGAUGAUCAUAAUAGUCCCUUCUGACCUUAAAGUCUAUGAGUCUAUGAGUUUGAGUUGGGUGAGUGAAUGGAGCAGGGUUCCCAGGUAACUCUAGGCCUGUUUGAGUAUCAGUGAAUUUGCAUACUUACAUUCUCUUUUUUUCUUUUUUAUUAGCUGGCAAAUCUUUUUUUCAUUUGGGUUGCCUGGGGAAUCCUGAGCCGUGCACGUCUUGGCCUUGGGCAGGGAGUGAGCUGGUCAAAGAAGGGUGUUCUGAGAUGCCCUCCAAUUAAGGAAAGUUUGGAGUGUUAAAAGGAGUGGACAAGUAAACACAUCAGAGGCUAAAUGCAUGUGAAACCGGGUAAUCUAAAUGGCAGAGCUGGUUAAAAACCAACAAACUGAUUUUCCGGGGCGGGGGGAGUCAAAUCUAACACCAGGACCGCUGUAUUGAUGGUGGUGUUCAUUUUCAUACCAAAAUCAUUAAAAGCCGCCAUUCUUCAUUUAAAUGAAACUGCCACCAAAUGUCUACUCUGCUGCAACAGAGCACUGCAGAAUCCAGAGCCUUUGCUGCAAGAUUUAGGUUCAGCUGCUGCAGGGACUUGGAUAGAUGACAUAUCCAUACAGGAGUUUGGCUGUACAGCAAUGUCAAAUUAAAAUGGCCAAAUUAAAGAAAAACCCUCCCAUUUCUCUCUUGGGGUCACUGCUGCACGCAGUUAAUCCCAUGCAGACUGCAUCCUAACAUAUACAGUCCCACUGACGUCAGCGUGACUGCAGACACUAGUAGGUACUAGGCUUGAUAAGCAUCGGCAUGACUGGGCCUUUAUUUGGUAUGUUUCCCUUGUGCUUGUACAGAAUGCGUGUUCUCCAUCCGGUUUUAUGUGACAGUGUUUCCAAAAGUUGUUAAUAUAUUUGACCAUCGAAAACUCAACAUAAAUAAAUUGUACUGCAUAGUAGUGGUGAUACAUAUCAAAGUGGGCAUGAAAGGUUGGGUGCUUCAUA